AUUAUGCUGGGUCAAGGAGUGUUGAGGGAUGGUCGCUCCUUACAUGAAGCUUAUGGUUGUGACCUGGACAAACUGGUUGAGGGUGACAGAGUUGGAGUCAUGAGAACAUCACAGGGUGACCUGAAAUUUUUUGUUAAUGGAGAAAGUCAAGGUGUAGCAGCAGCUAAUCUACCACAGAUGUUGUAUGCUGUGGUUGACAUGUAUGGCAAAUGUGCACAGGUUACUGUCACUGCACCAUCCACUCCAGAUUCUAAUACUUUAGAUGAAGACUCUACAAGUGAGAUGUCAUCCAUGAGGGACUCCAACAUCUUGGACUCCCAUCAUGACACAAUUCCCAGUGGCCUCACUAGCAUUAAUAAUCACACUUCUGUAAACUCGCAUGCUUGUAUUGUCAAUGGUGUAGCUGCAGCCAACCUUACGUCAGCUACCAGUCAUGGUACAUGUAGUGCACUAAACAAUCAUGUUGCAAACAUCAGUAUUGCAAACAGCCUUAUGUCAAACAGUGAUAGUAAUGUUCUACAUGAUGAGAGGGAUGGAAGAGAGAGUAGUUGCGAAGCAUCUCAUAACCCUUCUCCACGAGUGUCGGAUGCUGCCACUCCCCAGCCUCUUGUCACAUAUUGUGGGACAGCACAGACAAUAUCAAUAAAUAAAUUGCAAUAAAGGAUUGUUGGCUAGUAUCCCUCUGGCUAUACCUGUGGUGCAGUGGGUGGCUGUGGCGAUAACAACAAUGGUAGUGGUAAUAAUAAUGGGGGUGGAAAACAACAACUACAAACAAAACAACAGCGCUCAAAUGGCUGUCAAUAUAGGUUGCCAAAUCAAGCUUGGAAUUUUAAUCUGGCACAAUGAUUAUAUGCACUAUAUAUUUCUUCAGGAUCUGAUAGACUACGAUUUCAUGAAAAAGUGGAAACUCUUGUUAAGUUAUCCAAUAGCUGCCGAACAGCUGAACGAAGAAGACCUUGAGAAUUUAACAAUGGGGUCAUUGAGUGUAGAGCGCUUAGAGAAAAUGAACUUUUUGAGAUUCGCAUUGAUAGAUUGGUAGACAAAUGGUCUGGCAGUAUAGAAGUUGGAAUUACCACCCAUAACCCUGGACUCUUGGACUUCCCUGCUACCAUGACUAAUAUGCGAUCAGGCACCACUAUGAUGAGUGGCACAGGAAUACUUACAAAUGGGAAAGGAACACAUAGAGAGUAUGGCGAAUUCAAUCUUGACGAACUUAAGGAGGGAGAUCGAAUAGGCAUGAUGAUUAAAACUGGAGGAGAACUUCACUAUUACAUCAAUGGUCUGGAUCAGGGUGUUGCUGCAACCGGUGUUCCUUCACCUGUAUGGUCCGUUGUUGAUCUCUAUGGCAUGACGGUUAAGGUGACCAUAGUUGACCGUGAUGAAAGGGAAGAGCAGAACCUGAUCACACGACGAAACACACAGAUGUGUGACCUGCAGCCUCCACUGUCUGACACAGUACCAUCUGAUGAAGAUGGGAAUGAUGCCCUGCUUUUCCAUCCCAACUGUGGCACAUAUGCCCAAGUCAUCAACAAUGGCCGAACAGCUCAUCGACCAAAUGCCUCAGAUGACUUCAAUAAUGGGGUUGUCCUCACACGACGUCCACUGAAGACAAAUGAAAUGUUUGAAGUUCGAUUAGACAAGUGUGUGGAUAAAUGGGCAGGGUCCCUUGAGAUUGGUGUUACCACACAUCCCCCUACGGAUCUGGAAUAUCCAUCCACAAUGACUAAUGUCAGAUCAGGCACAUGGAUGAUGACUGGCAAUGGAGUCAUGCAUAAUGGCACUACAAUUAUUGAUGAUUAUGGAUUGAACCUGGACAGGCUUAAGGUUGGAGACCGUGUUGGUGUCCUCCGAAAAGACAAUGGUUCUCUGUACUUUUUUGUCAAUGGUGUUGAACAAGGUCUGGCAGCUAACAAUGUACCAGAACAUGUUUUUGGAGUAGUGGACCUGUAUGGGCAGGCAGCACAAGCUACCAUAGUUCAACAUUCUGAUCAUUGUUCAUCAGAAGUCUUACCCUCCAGUGUCUCCAGCUCAACAAUAUACAGUGACUUGAGAUUUCAUCAUCUCCAUGGCAAGAAUGCAAGAAUAUUAAAUGGGGGUUUAACUGCCCAGAGACCUAAUGCCCAUGGAGAGUUCAAUGAUGCCAUUGUCAUCAGCAACCGUCAACUUCAUGAAGGAGAGAUGUUCGAGGUCAUGAUUGACAAGAUGGUGGAUAGGUGGUCUGGAUCUUUAGAAGCUGGAGUUACUGCAAUUCCACCAGAGGAAAUAGAUUUUCCUAGCACCAUGACUGACAUUGACUACGAUACCUGGAUGCUCAGUGGAUCUUCUGUCAUGCGUGAUGGUGUGACAAUUAUGAACAAUUACCGCUGUGACUUGGAUUCCCUUGUAGUAGGCACAAGAGUGGGUAUGAUGAGACACUCAGAUGGCUCACUCCAUUACUAUGUUAAUGGAGAAGAUCAAGGCACAGCAUGUGAAAACCUGCCACCAGGUAUGUUCAGAUUGAAGUUUGGAACUAUGAGGUAUGAAUAUAACUACACCUCUGAUUUUUUGUAGGAUGUUAGGCGUCUUUCAUUAUUGUUUAUCUCAAAUAUUUUAGUAGAUGUGUUUUAUAUUAUAAUCUACUUGAGAUGGCAUAUACUGUAGAUGUGACAGGAUUAACUGUGAUGUUUACCUCUGAUUUAGAAGCACUUGGCUCCAUUUUAAUUUAAUUGGGCCGCUGGUGAUUAGUUACCUCUAGAUAUUGAGCCAACAAAUAGGAAGCAGAUAUGGGUGAAACCGGUGAAAAGAGGAGUUAAAAAUAUGCAUGAUUUUCAUGACUUUCCCUCAUACAGCUCUUGGUUUUCACUGUCCAGGACCCAGCUGGCCAGAAUCAAGAGUUGGAAGCAAUCAUAUCUUUUAAACACUUUCUGUUGUAGUAAGAAUAAGGUUUAUCAGAAAUUUGAAUGCAUCUAACAGUAGUUUUUUCCUGACGGGUGUUUUUUUUAUCUUCAGUUUGGUAAGUUAAUCUUUGCCCUUAUAAUAAUUUCAACUUCUUCACUUGCAUAGAACUUAGCUAUCCUUGUUUUUGUUUGUCAUGGGGUUGAAUCCAUAUUUUGAGAUAGAAAUCCUUUUGUUGUAUUCACAAGAAAGUGCUUGAGAUACCUCUGAAUUUACAGAUUUUUUAUUCCUCACUCACAUAUAAAAUCUUAAUUGUCAACAUAGAAUUAGCAUGGAAAUUCUGACAUUCAAUAAAAUGUUACAAUGAGAAGUUCAGUCAGACAGUCCUGGGUCAAGAAAAGCUUUACAGAGGCUGUGCACUGUUAGUAGUGGCAGAGACUGUACACUGUUAGUGGUGACAGGCUGUGCACUAUUAGUCAGUAGUAACAGUGGCUGUGGACUGCUAUCAGUGGUGAAAGGCUGUGCAGUAUUGUCCAUGAUAACAGGAUAUGCGCUAAUAUUAGUUCUUUGAUUUAGGAAGAGCAUAGAUAACCUAGUGAAAGAUGGUGGUUUAUAUUAGCUUUAUAAGUAUAGUAUGCCU